AUGGCGAGCACUACGGCUAGUGCUCUGCUGGCUUCUGGCAAGGAAGAGCAUGAGAUUGCUGAUGAGGACAAAGAAGUUAAGACUGAGUCCUCUCAGCCCUCCUGCCCUGCAUAUGCUGAGCUAUUGGAGGUUAUGGAACGUGCCACGGCGAGGCUUGCCGUGGAGCUCAAAUUCCAGCAUACUACCUAUGCCAAUAUUGAGGGGAUGAGCGAACACGGAUAUGAGAGGAUGCCUCCUAUUGAAGAGACACUGGCUUGCUAUCUCUCAAUGGGAGAAACAUCUUCUCUUAAAGGACUGAUGAGCUACUCUCUCAUUCACACACCAGGAUCACUCUUCGGUUUGGAACUUUCUUCAAGACGAACACACAAGACCAACAUACAUAGUAAAGAUCAAAUCUGCCAUGAGGACUAUCAGAGAACGGCAGACUGGCUGCUGUCCCAGACACAACACAGACCUAAAGUAGCCAUCAUCUGCGGUUCUGGACUGGGAAUGCUUGCGGAUGCGCUCAAAUGCCAAGACUUGUUCAAAUACUCGGACAUCCCUGGCUUUCCUCAAAGCACAGUGAAGGGUCAUGCUGGAAGGCUGGUUUUUGGAGAGCUCAAAGGGAAGACCUGUGUGUGCAUGCAGGGCCGAUUUCACAUGUAUGAGGGACACUCGCUAAGCAAGGUAAAUUUUUCCAGUAAGAGUGUUCAAGCUUCUGGGUGUCGAAACCUUGAUUGUCACUAAUGCAGCAGGGUCAUUAGCAGACAGUUAUAGUUGUGGUGAUAUUAUGAUCAUACGUGACCACAUUAACUUCCCUGGACUUGCUGGACUGAACCCUCUAAAUGGCCCUAAUGAUGAUAAGUUUGGUCCUCGAUUUCCGCCCAUGUCUGGGGUCUAUGACAAAAACCUACGGAAGAUGGCGUUCGACAUCUGUAAGAGCAUGGGUGUCUCCCAGUGUGUUCAAGAGGGUGUCUACUGCAUGGUGGGAGGACCCAACUUUGAGAGCAUAGCUGAGGCCCGCCUUUUGCACCGACUGGGAGUGGAUGC